GACACAGCAGCAGUAAAAAGGUUGAUUUUGCAUUUUUUUUCACCAAGCGGGCACACACUACGCUGUCAAUCGUGAGCCCCAUUCUCCCAUGGAAGCGCCUAUCGUCUAUUACAAUCGAGCCGAAUACAUUGAAACAGAUACCGGCAAUAAAGUGAGCCGAAAGUCGGUCAUCUGUGGCAGUCAAAACAUCAUUCUCGGCGGCAAGACUAUUAUUCAGACCGAUUGCGUUAUUCGAGGUGAUUUGCGGCGUACAGGAGGCGGUCAUGCUGUGGUCAUCGCUAUUGGUCGCUACUGUUUAUUAGCACAAGGAUCGAUUAUUCGCCCACCAUACAAAACAUAUAAAGGCAUCUUUAGCUACUACCCUAUGAAGAUCGGAGAUCAUGUCACGAUUGGCGAAGGCAGCAUUAUUGAAGCUGCGACCAUUGGUUCCUAUGUGACCAUUGGAAAGAACUGCAUCAUUGGACGGUUUGCCAUCAUCAAGGAUUGUUGCUGUAUUGCGGAUAACACGGUGGUUCCACCAAAUACGGUGGUGCCAUCGUUUUCGGUAUAUGCAGGUUCACCAGGGAAAUAUCAAGACGAAUUGCCAGAAUGUACUCAAGAAUUGUACGAAAACAAAACCAAGGACUACUAUGCAAAAUUCACCGCCAAAGACUAGACAAUGAUUUCCAUCUAACCCCACAUACCCCGCCUCCCCCCUAGCCUCAGCCUGUACUGCCUUGCUUGAAACCCAUUGUUAAUUGUAUGGCAGUUAGGAUCUUGCUUGAGCACUAGAUAGCUUCGUCUUCAUGACUUUUUCUAUACUCUCUCAUAUUUGGUGGUCUGUAUUGAAAUGAGUUGUGUUUGCUACACUGG